AUUUAAUAUUGUCCGGUCGUGUACGGAACCUGGCCAACGAGCUUCAAUAUUACGAAUCCGAAGUCGAGCAUCGGACAUAGUUGUACGUUUUUAUGUUUAUGUCGAUUUUUCGUCUUUGCAUGAGCGUGAAUUUUAACUUAAUGUAACACGAUGUCUAGCCAUUCAUAAACCUUUGUUUUAAAACUUAUCAAAAACGCCUGGGUCAGUGUAGAAGGAGACUUUAAUGUGCUAAAGUGAACCGUCUCUGACGUUAACCUCAAAUUCAAAUGAAAAGAACAUUCAUAAAUGGCAAUUAUUAAACGCGCGGCUUAAUUUAAUGGAAACUUUAAAUUUAAAGCUUCCUUUAAAUGUAUUAUGAAACCGGCCGUAAAUCAUUUAGGACGUCCAAAUUUAGUAAGGUGGAAUAAGGGCUUUAAUCAAUGCUUUAGAUAGAAAGAGAAAAACUGUUGAUCUUGUGGGAUUUACAAACGUCUGAAAAAAUAUGAUAUAGUAAGUUCAAAUUAAGUCCCAUUUAUCUGGCCACACGAGUGCGUUGGAAUUAGUACAUUCUUUUGAUUGCCUUUGAUAAAUAUAUUUUCUACUUUCAUAUUGAAUCAAUCCAAAUGAGUCAAAAAUCAAAAUUGUAUCAAGUACAUGGAAACUAAAUCUUGUAUUUCUGGAACUUGACACAGGCAUAUCUCUACUUUAUUAUCUUAUUAAUUAUUUACAAAACAAUUUAUGAAAACAAAAAACACAUGUUUUUAUAUUAAUUAAUAUUAAAUCAAUCAGUUACUUUAUAGCCGCCUUGUAUAUUUAUUGUUGAAAGUUGAGAUACAAAUUUAAAAUUAUUGUUAAUUCCCAAGGAUGAAAGAUUAAAAUUUGCACAACGAUGCUAGUAUUUAACGUAUUUUUUUUUAUGAAAUGAAUACUAAAGUUAAUUAUAUGACAUACACUCUAAUAAAUUCGCACUCCCGAAUUGUGUGUAAUUAAAAGUGGGGGAUUCAUAUCAUAGUCAAGCUAGAUCAUUGUCAGCUUCAUCUCGACCUUAAGUAUGGUCUAUAAAAACGCUGAAACCGUUGAUCGCUGUUUCAGUUUACCCGCCGCUUCCUAUUAAACGAGUGGGAAUAAUCUCCUUAGAGGUUAGCCUAAUCGUAAUAAAUAAACCGCUCGAAAAUGUCACCUAAAGACGAAACAAAAUCAUCCGAAAGUUCGGCGUACAGUAAUGAUGGGUAUAUCAGUGAACCAAAUGAUGAAAAUCCGAAAAAGUCAAAUGAAAGUGUAGUUGAUGGAAAGAGAAACGAGUUUUCUCUGGACUUUCUACAAAAAGGUGUUGUUAAACAAACGGAAAAUGAUAAAAAAAAUGUACAACCUUUCGAUUUCGACGAUUUAUUACCUCAUCUAGGCGAGUUCGGAAUUUAUCAAAAAAUUUUAUUUUUAUUGAUGAUACCUUUCGCAUGUAAUGUGGCAUUUGUAUAUUUUGCUCAAAUUUUUAUCACUAUAGUUCCGGAAAAGUAUUGGUGUCGUGUACCAGAAUUAGCAAAUCUCACCGUUGAAGAAAGAUUAGCGUUGGCAAUACCAUUGGGAUCAGAUGGAUACGAGAAAUGUCGAAUGUAUGACGUCAAUUUUACGGAACUACUUAAAAAUGGAGCGAAAGAAGCGGGUUCAAAUUGGGAAACGGUUCCUUGCAGAUAUGGAUGGGAAUAUGAUUUUACCGAAGUACCGUAUGCGUCCAUUUCUGCAGAGCUAAAUUGGGUAUGUGAAAAUGCAGCUUUGCCCAACACAGCACAAUCAAUUUUUUUUUGCGGCGCUAUAUUAGGAGGCCUCAUUUUUGGAUGGAUGGCAGAUCGUUUUGGUAGAAUUCCGGCUUUGAUUAGCUGUAAUAUGGUCGGUCUUAUCGGAGGUGUCGCUACGGCUUACUGCAAUUCUUUCUGGGCAUUUAGCGUUUGCAGAUUCUUGGUAGGAAUGGCGUUCGAUAAUUGCUUCACCAUGAUGUACAUUUUAGUGUUGGAAUACGUAGGACCAAAAUGGAGAACUUUUGUAGCAAAUAUGUCAAUCGCCAUAUUCUUCACGCUUGGAGCAUGUAUAUUACCAUGGAUAGCUUACUACUUGUCCAAUUGGAGAUACCUUUGCUACGCAACGUCACUUCCUUUAGUUAUAGCCGUUUUAACUCUCUGGUUUGUUCCUGAAUCGGCAAGAUGGUUGGUUUCUCAAGGAAAAACAGAAAAGGCAAUUGUCAUCUUGAAAAAAUUUGAAAAAGUAAACAAAACCAACGUCACCGAAAAGGUUUAUGAUCAAUUUCGGAGCUCGUGUGCAGAGGCUCAAAAAGAAGAAGACGCAAACAAAAAAUACACAGUAUUGGAUCUAUUUAAAACUCCCCGCCUGAGAAAGAUUACACUAAUUCUGGUAGUUUUGUGGAUGGUAAUAUCUUUAGUCUUCGAUGGGCACGUGAGAAAUGUAGAAACUUUAGGUCUCGACACAUUUCUUACAUUCACUAUUGCUUCUGCAACGGAAUUUCCAGCAGAUACAUUUUUAACAUUUGUCCUCGACAUUUGGGGUCGAAGGUGGUUAGCUGCCGGAUCCAUGAUAGUCAGCGGGUUGUUUACGUUAUUUGCCAUUGCUGUACCAUUAGGAGUACCUUCAGCAAGUUUGGCAAUUAUGGGCAGGUUCGCAAUAAAUAUAUCAUACAAUAUAGGUUUACAAUAUGCUGCUGAAAUAUUGCCCACAGUUGUUAGAGCUCAAGGUGUAGCUUUGAUUCACAUUAUGGGAUAUGUUGCCAGCAUUAUAGCACCUUUCGUAGUAUAUUUGGCUAAUAUAUCUACUUCUCUUCCAUUGUUAAUUCUGGGAGUGCUUGGAACGUUAGGUGGACUAUUGGCCCUAUUUUUACCUGAAACUCUUGAUCAAGAAUUACCACAGACACUACAAGAUGGAGAAAAUUUCGGUUUAAAUCAAAAGAUGUGGGACUUCCCCUGUAUAAAGAAAAAAGAAGUAGAAGAACCAAUACCUGAAGUCUACAGAACAACCUCAGUUAGACUUUCCACUAGAUCAUCUUUUAGGGGUGAAAUAAGAUCUAGUAUACUGAACGGGGGUUCAAUCAGAUCUCGAAAACUAGAUAAUUCAGAUAAUAAAAUCUCGAACAUUUAAAAAGGAAUAUUUUCCUGUUAAAUUUGAACUGUGAUUAAAUAUUUCCUCUUUGACUAAACCAAACAGUACUUAAAUGUUAAGUAAUAUUCGUUUAAUAAUCCAAUGUGCCAAAAAUUGUCGUUUUGAUUUUAUUUUUAUUUAUUUACGUUCUUAGAUUAGUCUCUGAUACAAUAUAUGAGUACAAAUUAUAUCCAGCUCUUCCUAAUGUUAAAAAAUUAAUUUUAUAUAACAUUCGACGAGAUAUCCAAAGGGAAAUUGCUCAGCUGAGACGUAAUAACGUCGAAUACUAGUCAGUAGAACACCCUCUUCUUGCAAUUGCGGAUAUAAAAAAAAGGUCGAUUUACAUCACGCUCUUCGGAGGGGUUGUAAUUCAAUAUUCGUCGAGGCAUUAGCCAGGAAAGUAGUUGUUUCCCCCUUCUUUUUCAGCAUAAAAAAUAUGGUGGUCCCAACUUCCAAAUAAUAAACUUUCAACUUUUAAAAUAUUUGCCAUAAAAAUUAUGCAAGUUGUGUUACAUUUUGUUCUAUAUCAAUUUAGUCGAGAGGAAAUUUAUUAUCUCCUUGGUACAAACAGAAUUAUCUAUAAGUAAAUCGAAUAUAGUAUUACAUUGUUACCACAAUAUUUUUAAUAUUCAAUUCAAUGUUUUUAACUUGGGUCUGUGUGUGAUAUGUACAUAAUUUUAAAUAAACGAUUUUAGUAUUA